CCCAAAUUCGAACUGUGUUCAUCUCCCGCCCUUGCCCUUAUUGACACCAUUCUCCGGCGAAAUCGAGUUGCAUAAUUUGAUUGAGAAUUGUAAUCAUGGCAAAGCAUCUCAUUCAGAGGCCUCUAAUCUUUCAAGAUGAAAACUCGGACAUAGACUUCAAAAAGGGUGUGAUAACUGGGAAAUCAAAGAGUGGUAAACCAGAAGCUGUUAAGAAAGGUACUACAGGGCUUAAAAGUCGUAAUGCCCUCAAUGACAUCACGAACAAAUCAACUGCCCUUCCUGAAGAAGCAGCAAAGAAAAAAAGUUCACAGAAGGAGGUUAAAGUUCCAAGUGAGCUUAACAUAGCAGAGGAGACAUUUCAACAUGAUCACAAAAAAUGUGUCGAGGCACAAAAAUCAGGAAUGACUCGAAAUCAUUUCAUGGAUUUGGUUCUGCCUGGUUGUGAUUCAGCUUCUCCAAUUGACAUCCCAAAAACAGAGAUGGGAAUGGAUGGUAAAGGAAUCGACAAUCCACACUGCUACCCUGUCCCAGAAGAAUUGCCUAUGUCAGAGUUCUCUUGGUUGAGAUCUUUAUGGGAUCCAUCUUCUCCAAAGAAGAGGGAUUCUCCACCCUCCUCUCCUUUCGAAUGGGCAUUUGAGCCAGUUGAAUUUACGCUCAAGGAAGAAAAAGGUUGCUGAAAAAUGGCCAGUGACAGUGAGCUACUCUAUUUGGUCAAUGACAUAUUAGGUAAUUAACAAUUCUAAAUUUGGCACUAGUGAUCCAACUGUUGUGAAGUAUAUUUAAUCUUUCAGCUUUUCACCAACUGUCUGAAAUUAGUUUGGGUUAAUGCAAGGGAAUUGAUUAUAUGCUUGGGGGUUGUAAGUUUGUAAUCAGAAAUGACAUUUUACUAGUAGUGUGUGAAUUCAUGAUUAUUUGUUCUGGUUUGUACCUAAUGCAUGAACCUUUUUGUGUUCACCGCAUGGUCCGGGGAAGCCCAAGGUGGGUGUAAUGCAGGCAACCUACGUUAUCAAAGCAUUGGUGAUUGAUUCCACGACUAAUUAUACAUGAAUUAAUUCUACAGA